AUGUCCCUGGGAAUCAAGUCGCUAUGGAGAGCUCACCUCUACACGCCUCGUGUCAAAGAGCUCUCCCUGAUUUCCAGGGAGUCUCGCCACUUGCUACCUUUCGGGCAGCCCUAUACCAGACGAUGGCUCUCCGUCACCAAAGUCCCCGCGGGAGGACCCAGUCGUCCGCCUCUGGAAAAGUUUGCGCUCAUCAAAGGGGACGAAGCUGCAGUCAUGGACGGCAGGCUCGUGACGAGCACCUCACCCUCGUCAUUGAGGAGAACGAUGCUUAGACGAGUCAUCCGCCAGAGAUCCGAGCUCGGCCCCAUCGAGUCUGCCAUCAUCAAGCAGCCCGUCCGAUAUCCCAGCAGGCGCGCGUCGAUCCAAAGCCAGCGCAAGCACAGGCGCAGUGCGACAAGGCAACAUCUGCAUGACCAAGCUCACGAAGCGAACUCGAGACCUCCGAACGACUGGCAGACCACCCUACAAUUCAUGUUGCGACACACCCCCAAAUCCGGCGAGAUACUUGAUUUUAAAGUGGUCAUUGGCAGAGGCGCUGCGGCAAAAGCUCGCGAGGCCCUUUGGGGGUUAGACACCAACGUCUGGCAGAUACAACAGAAGAACCACUGCGUGAUCCGCUUGGAGGAAGCUGAUCUGCACGACGGCUCUCUAAUCUUCAGUCUGUCGGGCCCUGAGCUUUCGGUGCGCACGUCGCUACUCGACAUUGUUAGGGCUGUAGGCAAACUCACCGCUGUCAGAGUCCUUGACCAAAAACUGAGGCUGUCACUAUCGGAUAUCUUGAAAGGCUCUGGAGACAGUCAAGGCCCUGUCAAUCUGCUUGGCGAUGGCGAUGGCGAAGACGCUGUUGAUGACAUGACCAUGACGGUACACAAAGACUCUGUCGAACGGCCCGUACGCCUUGUCCAACCUUCACGAUACAGACCUUACGAAUUGACUCGUCGUGCCGACGACAUAACACCCCCAGCUCAAUGGACCAAGAGAUCGUUCGAGAAGUAUGUGGCCGCUCUCGUGUAUGGUCAGCUGCCCACACACUUGGCCCAGCCACUCUACCCAACGGCCCCAGAUCACCAGACAACGGUCGUUUCUUUGCUCGUCGACGUCUUUACUUCGGAGCACUCUCGGUCGUCAAUGUCGGUGUCUGCACUGAAAAUAGCUUCCAGGUUCAUCCAGGCAAGGGGACCGGCCUUUCGAUCUGCCGCCCGCGAUAUCUUUCAGCAGGCUGAGCUGCUAAAACUGCCAUUGGACGCCGAAGUGUUCGCCAUAUUCCUUGUUGGUGCAUCGAGAUUUGGAGAUCUGGACGGUUUCAACAGUGUGCUGAGAUUGAUGGUUCGCAGGCACUUCUCCCCACAGGGUCAUGCCUGGCUUGCGUUCUUGGGAAUGAUACACGACCCCGAGAUCAAGCACCAUGUCAUGCAAAUGAUGCGGGCGAAAGGACUGGGCCGUUUUCCAUCCAUCCGUAGUGCAAUGGCCAGACAGGAGUCGGUUGUGGACCUCGAACAUUCCAUACCUGCGGAUUUCGACGUCCGACGCUAUAUCCAGCAACAGGAUGAGAAGUACGGUCCUCUGUGGCUAGACACGGUCACCCUAAACAAAAUGAUUCAUGCAUUUGGCAGCCACGGCAAACUGGGAGUCAGCAAUGCCCUCUUGGAUUUUGUCUAUGAGAGCGGCCGCGUGCGACUCGAUGCCUGCACGCUCAACACGAUGAUCACCCAUUCGAUGCCCAUACCGCAGAAAAUCGCAGCGGUGCACACGAUACUGUCACGGUGGCCGCGUCUGGAACCAGAUUCCGUCACGUAUCACCAACUAUUCCGAGUCGCUUGGCACCAACGUUUGCCUAACAUGCUCAGAGUCAUCUGGCGAUACGCUGUCCUCGCCAAGUCGACCACCUCCAAGAUGCGAUACGCACUCACGACGCUUCUUCGACAAGAAAGGGACUUGAGUGCCAAACGUGCUUUAUUGAAGGCUUGGGAAGACGUCAUCUUUGGACGUGCGGAAUUGGCCGCCCUACGCCUCUCCGAUCCCGACCGCAUUAGCGCCACACAGAUGAUGUCGAGAUACCUGGACGAGGCCGGAACAAUGAUGCCUAGUGUCGACCUUGCCAUCAAACUCAACGAGGCUUAUUUCAUGGAUAAGAGAAUCCACAGACACAUCAAGGACGGGACGGUCAUGACCAGUUCCAUGAGGGAGAGUCUUUCGGUAGACAUACCUCUUGCCGUCAAACGUGUUGCCUCUUCAUCCAAGACUGUAAGGCGUGUUGCCUCUUUAUCCCACAAUGUAAGGCGUAUUGAUUCUUCAUCCAAGACUGUAAGGUUACUCCCUGGUGGACCUUGGGCUCCCACUGACGCCCGGGAUGAUAAUGGACCCCCAAGUCUCGAUGAGCCGCCUGCAGAUCGCGACUUUCCCUUGGUUUUCAUAGAUGCUCUCCAAGAAAAGUAG